GUAGAUAAGAGCAUUUAAUGGCUAUCAAAAUAUUGAUUCUGUGGUCGGCUUCAAUGUAAAUUUUAUGAACUUUUACACAUUAUAGUCGACAUUUCUUGCAUCUAGCUUCGGUGUUUUAAUACAAUAUCUUAAGGAUUUCCUGUUACCUAACUUCACUGACAUGUUUAAUUUGUACAGGCAAAUAUUCGUUGUAGGCAUACUAUCGUUACUACAUGCAGCGUAUUCAGCAGCGCAGCAUCGAUCUUAUUUACGAAUAACCGAACAAGAAUUUGAUGGAUUACCAUUUGAUAUAUUUGUGCAAGGUGUAGUUAGCCUUUUCAUGUCAAUGUAUGGAAUAUUAUACUUAGCAGGAGAUUUUAAAGAAGUGAGAGCAAUCGAAGAAUUGGAAUGUAAGACAUGGGAAACAUUACACAACACACCAGCAUUUUAUAUAUUUAAUCACCGAGGUAAAACUUUGUUUUCCAAUAAGUUUUAAUUGAUUGAUGAAAAUCCAAGAAACUGGGAAUAUUAUAUUUUCCAGUAUCAAAAGCUGAUAAUGGUUUUUUUUUUUUUAUUUUGGUAUUUAUUUAUUAUGUUGUG